UUUGAGGAGAAUCGCGGACGGAACCUACAAUACUUUAACGCAAGGACGGAUAUGAUUUCCGUCAACAUUAAAAAAUUCCUUGACCAUAGAAUCACUCAAUAACUUUUUGCUACGAGCACGAAUUUGCCUGAGAGUCAAAUUAACCAAGUAACAUAGGGACCACGCCUUGCAACUUCACAACAUGAGCGUCACCGAAGCUGCGAACGAACAAGGGGAGUUGAAAGGUCGAAAGCGAAAUGCUGAAACGGCCGAGAUCGAAAUUGAUGUCGAUGCCCCAGAACCACCCUCUAAGAAGGCUUUGCGCAAAGCAAAGCGGACGAAACCUCUCAUAGAUAAUGACACUCAGUCCACGAAAGCAGUCUCAGGACCGUCUCUCAAACAUUCCGAGCCGCUUCCCGAAAAUCAGAGGCGAUCACCAUAUGGCAUCUGGAUCGGCAAUCUCUCCUUCAGUACGACUAAAGAUGAUCUUGUCAGAUUCUUCACUACAAAUUCGCAGACUCCUAUUGCCGAGGAGCAGAUAACGAGGAUUCAUCUUCCACCAGGACCAGUGAAAUUUGGUAAAGCAACGAACAAAGGCUUCUCGUACGUUGACUUUACGGACGAAGCCACACUCAACGUGGCAUUGCAAUUUAGCGAGGGUCUCCUGGACGGCAGACGAGUGCUCAUUAAAAACGCAAAAAGUUUCGAAGGGAGACCGGAGAAGAAGGCGGAGGAUGACUCGCAAAAAAAGGCACCCAGCAAGCGAAUCUUUGUGGGCAAUCUCGAUUUCGACGCGACUAUGGAGGACCUCGAGGAGCAUUUUGGUGUUUGUGGGACUAUCGAGAAAGUCCAUAUGGCGACAUUCGAGGAUAGCGGCAAGUGCAAAGGCUUUGCCUGGGUGGACUUCACGAACCUGGCUUCAGCAGAGGCUGCGAUGCGAGGCUGGGUGGAACCCAAGAAGAUUUCACAGGUAACAUCGUCAGGCCCAAGACCUGCGCAACAGCGGAUCUGGCUACGGAAGCUCAAAGGCAGACAGUUGAGAAUGGAAUUUGCCGAAGACAAAGUCACUCGAUAUCAGAAACGAUAUGGAAAGAAUGCAAAGACCAAGACUCAACAAGACGAAGAGACCGAGGAGCCUAUACGAGAGGUUGACGAUGUUGCAGAACCGCUAGCGACCAAAUCUGAGAGCAAGAGGCCUCCGAGCAAGAAAAGGAAACCCGAGGGCAAAUAUACUGAGGAAACAGUACAGAGAUUGACUGGAGCCAUUAUUGAGAGUAAAGGUCAACGGACGGUGUUUGAGUAACGUAGUGCAUACAGCGAAGCAAGCUAUUGGAAGCGUACUAUGU